GCUACCCGACUGGGAGGGGAACGGAGGCUUCCGCACCGCGGAGAGGCAAGAUGGCCACGGCUGGGGGCGGCUCUGGGGCUGACCCGGGAAGUCAGGGUCUUCUUCGCCUUCUGUCUUUCAGCGUCCUACUGGCAGGUUUGUGCAGGGGAAACUCAGUGGAGAGGAAGAUCUACAUCCCCUUAAAUAAAACAGCUCCCUGUGUUCGUCUGCUCAAUGCCACUCAUCAGAUUGGCUGCCAGUCUUCAAUUAGUGGGGACACAGGGGUUAUCCAUGUAGUGGAGAAAGAAGAGGACCUGCAGUGGGUUUUGACUGAUGGCCCCAACCCCCCUUACAUGGUUCUGCUGGAGGGAAUGCUCUUUACCAGGGAAAUAAUGGAGAAACUGAAGGGGAGAGCCAGCCGAAUUGCUGGUCUUGCAGUGUCCUUGGCCAAACCUAGUCCCACCUCAGGCUUCUCUUCUAGCGUGCAGUGCCCAAAUGAUGGGUUUGGUGUUUACUCCAACUCCUAUGGGCCAGAGUUUGCUCACUGUGAAGAAAUACAGUGGAAUGACCUGGGCAGUGGCUUGGCUUACGAGGACUUUAGUUUCCCCAUCUUUCUUCUUGAAGAUGAAAAUGAAACCAAGAUCAUCAAGCAGUGCUAUGAAGAUCACAACCUGAGUCAGAAUGGCUCAGCACCAGCCUUCCCGCUAUGUGCCAUGCAGCUCUUCUCACACAUGCAUGCCGUCAUCAGCACUGCCACCUGCAUGCGGCGCAGCUCCAUCCAGAGCACCUUCAGCAUCAACCCAGAAAUCGUCUGUGACCCCCUGUCCGACUACAACGUAUGGAGCAUGCUUAAGCCUAUAAAUACAUCUGGGACAUUAAAGCCUGAUGACAGGGUUGUGGUUGCUGCCACCCGGCUGGACAGUCGUUCCUUUUUCUGGAAUGUGGCCCCAGGAGCUGAAAGUGCUGUUGCCUCCUUUGUCACCCAGCUAGCUGCAGCUGAAGCUUUGCAGAAGGCACCAGAUGUGACCACCCUACCCCGCAAUGUCAUGUUUGUCUUCUUCCAAGGGGAAACUUUUGACUACAUUGGCAGCUCAAGAAUGGUCUAUGAUAUGGAGAAGGGCAAGUUUCCUGUGCAGUUAGAGAACAUUGAAUCAUUCGUGGAGCUGGGACAGGUGGCCUUAAGAACUUCUCUAGAGCUUUGGAUGCACACAGAUCCCAUGUCUCAGAAAAAUGAGUCUGUAAGGAACCAGGUGGAGGAUCUCCUAGCUACACUGGAGAAGAGUGGUGCUGGUGUCCCUGCUGUCAUCCUCAGGAGGCUGAAUCAGUCCCAGGCUCUCCCACCAUCUUCUCUGCAGCGAUUUCUUCGAGCUCGAAAUAUCUCUGGUGUUGUUCUGGCUGACCACUUUGCUGCCUUCCAUAACAAGUAUUAUCAGAGCAUUUAUGACACUGCUGAGAAUAUUAAUGUGAGCUAUCCUGAAUGGCUAAGCCCCGAAGAGGACCUGAACUUUGUGACGGACACUGCAAAGGCCCUGGCAGAUGUGGCCACGGUGGUGGGACGUGCACUGUACAUGCUUGCAGGAGGAACCAACUUCGGUGACACAGUUCAGGCUGAUCCCCAAACGGUUACCCGCCUACUCUAUGGGUUCCUGGUUAGAGCCAACAACUCAUGGUUCCAGUCUAUCCUCAGGCAGGACCUAAGGUCCUACUUGGGUGAUGGGCCUCUUCAACAUUAUAUCGCUGUCUCCAGCCCCACCAACACCACUUAUGUUGUACAGUAUGCCUUGGCAAAUUUGACUGGCAAGGUGAUCAACCUCACCCGAGAGCAGUGCCAAGAUCCAAGUAAAAACCCAAAUGAAAACAAAGAUCUGUAUGAGUACUCAUGGGUUCAGGGCCCUUUGAAUGCCAACGAGACAGACCGACUCCCCCGGUGCAUACGUUCUACGGCACGAUUGGCCAGGGCCUUGUCCCCUGCCUUUGAACUGAGUCAGUGGAGCUCUACUGAAUACUCAACAUGGACUGAGAGCCGCUGGAAAGAUAUCCGUGCCCGGAUAUUUCUAGUUGCCAGCAAAGAGCUUGAGUUUAUCACCCUGAUGGUGGGCUUCGGCAUCCUCGUCUUCUCUCUCGUCAUCACCUACUGCAUCAAUGCCAAAGCCGAUGUCCUUUUCAUUACUCCCCGAGAGCCAGGAUCUGUGUCUUACUGAAGAGGACCCCAGCUUUUCCUGCCAGCUCUGCAGUCAUUUCCUAGAGCCUUUGUCCCACUGGAACACAAACCACUAGUUUGUCACUGGAUCCUCUCUGGGCCUUUCUCAGACUGGGAUUAACAUAAAGGACUGCAACUGUCCAAAAAAGACAGGGAGAGAUAAUAAGUUGCUUCCCUUCUCUUCCUCAGCUCCCCCUUCCCAUCUCCCCUACCCCAUUUCCUCCUCCUUCCCUAUCCCUGCCAGAUUCUGGGACUACAAAUAGAAGCUUCUUGCUCCUGUUUAACUCCCUAAUUACCUACCCUAAUGUGCCUUUCUUCAGGAUCACUCUUCUGCUCUUUCCAUCCUGCCAUGUACCUCCCUCUCCCCCCACCACUACCCUCACACCCAACCAUCUUCCUGACCAGAAAGAAGAACGUGAAGAGUUGAAUGUUAGGAUCAAACUACAAUUGAAUCACGGAGGAAGAGGACAGGGGAAUCUCUGGGCUGAG